UCAAACCACCAAUAACUCAAAAUCAAAAUCACUCUCCCUCUCUGAAAAGCACAGUCGAUGAAAUGUAUCGGUCGGCGGUUAAGACUCUCCUUCUUGCUCCGGCGGCGCGCCACCGGUUCUCCCAUCUUCGAACUCUGCUGAUAAAUUCUUCUAGGUUUUCUACAGUAGCUGCCUCUAAUCAUCAAAGCCCUAAUGAUGAAUGUAAACCUCCUCAGGUGCAAUAUGCAGGUUCAUCAUCAUCAGCGCCAUCAGCAUCAUCAUCGUCAUCGGAGUCUGCGUCUUCGUCAGCGUCAUCAGCGGCUGAGGAGGCGCCACGUCAUGAGGGUCAGAGCCCGAGACAGCGACGGCACAGAGCUGAGUACCAAGAUGAGCAGGCUCGUGUCCUCCAGGCCUCUCUUCAUCAUGUGGCACGGUUGGGAUGGACUGAAACAGCCAUGAUUGCAGGUGCUAGGGAGGUUGGUGUUUCCCCUUCUAUUGUCGGAUCUUUCCCUAGGAGAGAAGCUGCCCUAGUGGAGUUUUUCAUGGAUGACUGCUUGCAAAGGCUUAUUGAUAGAAUUGACUCUGAAGAGGAGUUGAGAAACUUGAUACCUAGUGAGCGCAUCUCAAAACUUGUCAAGAUUCGCCUAGAAAUGCAAGCUCCCUAUAUAUCAAAAUGGCCUCAAGCUCUUAGCAUUCAGGCACAACCAUUGAAUGUCCCUACAAGUUUUAAGCAGCGGGCAAUGCUGGUUGAUGAGAUCUGGCAUGCUGUGGGUGAUGAGGCAUCUGAUAUUGAUUGGUAUGUGAAGCGCACCAUACUUGGAGGAAUUUACUCAUCAACUGAAGUGUACAUGCUGACUGAUAGUUCCCCAGACUUUGGUGAUACAUGGACAUUCUUGGACAGUCGAGUUAAAGAUGCUUUUGAUCUGAAGAAAACCAUUCAAGAGGCACAAUAUUUAGCUGAAGCUGUUGGUGCAGGAAUAGGGAGCUCCCUACAAGGAUUUAUGAAGAAAGCCUUUCCAGGUUCAUCGGCAACAGGAUGAUUUCAAAGAUCUCCGUAGCAAUCAUGACUUCCCAGUCACUUUUGAUUUGAGGAGUUCUGGAAUUUAGAUGGUGCUUUUUCCCCUCCUUGUUAUCUAGUUCCAACCUCUUUGAAGGGAUGGAGAUUGGAAGAGAUGCUAUGUUUAUUGAUUUUGUCAUGGAUUGUCUUCCAAGACUGCAAAUUUCCUUCAAUAUGAUCUUUAUUAUGUUU